AUGGCUGGUGAUUACAGAGGGAACUAUAUCUUGAGCUCCGACCAUGCUUCAUCUGUAGAGCUAGACACAACUUCUUCUAUGUAUUCCACGGGAAAAGGGUGUAACCCUACAGAAUGGACUGAUGAGAAGCAUAGUAUGUAUCUUAAAUCAAUGGAAGCUUCCUUCAUACAUCAGCUUUAUAACUUAGGAGGAACGUCGAGAAGAUUCAGUAGCGGUGGAAAACAAUCUGAAGAACAGAAGAUGAAUUUUAGACAACUUCAUGAGUAUUGUGUCAAAGGAAGACACGGUGGUGGUUCUCCUCAUCAUGAGUGUCUUAGGAGUCCAUGGAUCAAGCACUAUAAGCCUUUACCAAAGACUCAAACUCCGGUAAUUAUUGAAGGGAGUACCAAGCUUGAAAAUCAAGUGGUUAGCUCGAAGGGUUUAGUCAUAUGCAGCUCUGGUUCAGCGUCUAAUCUCAAGAACAUGCUACGAGAAGGAUGCUCUCAUUCGCGUGACCGGGAUCAAAUCAGCAUAGGAGAAGAUGAAGGAGAGGUAUCUGAUCAAAACUUUGUUAACGAAGUAACAAAAGGGGAAAAUCGAAGUUCGAAGAAAAUGAAGACAGUGAUGAACGGAUCGUCAAUUACUGAUCAGGUUGUUCCACUCAGAAAAACUCCUGCAGACAUGACGUAAACUGAAGUCUGUUUCUGAUGAAGAGGUCGUUACAACUGGGUAUGUGGGGAGUGAUUUGUAAUAUAUUAGUGUAAGAAAGUCAACUUACUAUGGUUUUGUUACUAUUUACAUGUGUCUUCAUCGUAUAUCCCUAACUAUACAUAUAUUGUAUUCUCGUGUGAGUGGCAUUCAGAUGUAAAAUACUCCGGAUACCCAAUCAUUCCCAG